GUUUUAUAUAAUGAAUGUAUGACUUCGAUGUACCGUUCAUCAUGAAACACAGUAAUUCGAAUACAUAGUGAGACACAUUCAAAAAAAGGUAUUAGUAAAAAGUUUUUGAUUAAGUAAAGCUGGUGUUGUCUCAGUUAAUCUUCAGUUGUGAUAAGAGGGCCCGAGAACUGAAUGCUAAUUAUGUAUAUUUUGUAAUGGUGUUGAUCCUCGAUUUCAAUGUAGCUUGUUCAUUUUGUUACUAAUUUAAAACGCAUAUAGUUCAAAAUUCGCAUUAAAUCUACUAAAGUUGAUAAGUUGAAUUGUCUAAAGGUCUUUCCGAUUAUUCUACAUACACAUGUUUGUUUGCUGAUCAUUGUAUAGAAUUCAGUAUUUACUUGACAGCACAACAGUUAACAUCACACAUUCGAUCUAUGUGUCAGUUGAAUGUUUUAUUUGAAUAUGGUUAGGAUUAAUCUUUUGAUCAUCAGCACGAAGAAACGAAAAUAUAAAGAGGUGUGAAUGGUGGCAGUAGUUUUCCUUUGAAUUUUAGCAUUCAAAACUGUAAUCAAUAUUUGAAUUAAGCUAUACUUUCGAAAAGUGUGUGAUAAUUCAUAAUUUAAUCAGCAAAAAAUUUUGUAUAAAGUAAUCAAUCGGUGGAAUUUAACAUAAAUCAAAUUGAACAAAACAUAAGUGCAAAAAUGUCAAAGGUUUUCGUACUUCCGAUUGCUGUGUGUUUGUUGUGCUUGUUCACAUUUUUCGGUACAAGUUUCGUGGCAAUUUUAUUGGGCCAUGUGUCCAAUACCACCAGUACAACGUCUGCGCUUUAUAUUAGCGAUGGUGCAACAUUUUCUCCGGAAAGUUGUGUUUUUGGCCAAUUUGUAAAUAUGGGCGCCGUGUUGCUUGGAAUCGUGAUUUAUAUUCGAUAUCGUCAAAUUGAAGAGUUAAUGUACGAUUACACCAAUCUCAUCAAAUCGAUGACAAACAUGAAUAAAACGGCAAUGUGGUUUGGUUAUUUGACGUGUCUGGGAUUAAGUAUGGUGGCAAAUUUUCAAAUAACAAAUGUGCCGAUCAUUCAUUAUUUAGGAGCUCUAUCUUGUUUCGGUUCCGGAUGUGUGUACAUUUGGAUACAAGGGCACAUUACAUAUCAUGCUCGUGCAUACACUGCUUCAACGCAAAUGGCAUAUCUGCGAUUCGGUCUGGCCGCGUUGUGCACAUACUUUUUCUUCGUUGCAAUACUAACCAAUUGUGAAACUUUACGAGUGCUAUUCGAUGAACAACCACCGAAAGAUUGUAAAUACCAUCAAGUUAGUGUUUCAUCUGAAUGGCUGGUCGCAUCCAUACUGUGCUUUUAUGUGCUAUCGUUUACCGGAGAAUUUCGGCAAAUUACGUUAAACCAUCCAAAAAUUAUUUUAGUCAAAAGUGAAAAUAGUAGUAUAACUGAAUCGAGUCAAGCUACUGAAUCGGUAUCAUUUUCCAUUGAUAUCGCAUCGUCGUUUUCGACCAAUUUGAAUGGAUGCAGUUAUAUUGAAACUCAUGUUCAACUUAACAACGCUUCAUCGAAUCAAAAAGAUUCAAACAUUUGAAUAAUUUGUAUAUAUUAAUAGUGCUUCGACUGGCAACUUUAAACGUAGUGGAAACUUAAUGCACCACAGUUAUGUUAUAAAAUGGAAUUUAUACUAAACACAUUAUUAUAUAAGAUUCGAUCUCAAAGUAUUCCAAAAACAAAACAUAUAUAAAAUAUAUGUAAAAUGUUCAAAUGUCAAAAAGUCAUCGUAAUAUACGUAGAUAAGUCCAAAUUGUAUUCAACGAUUUUUUCCAAAUAAAGAAAGGUCCGAUUUAUUUCAAA